CAGUCACCGCGAGGACACGCGCGGGGUUCGCUCAGUGCACCGAGAAGCAGCGGAGCGACCACAUCUCUCCGGCUCCGAGCGCCCGCUGUGCCCGCUGUGCCCGCUGUGCCCUCCCUGUAGCCCGGCUCUGCUCUACCUUCACCCCGCUGAUCUGCUCCAUCCACAGCCCGGAGCGAAGAGGGCGUCUCCACUGCGCUGUCAAACGGUAAACAUCCCCACAUCUGCGACGCCUGGCUCGGCGACAGAUUUCAAUUUCACAGGACAAUAUAUUUGGCAAACAGAAGACGAAUUGGACUCGACCCAAGAUGUGAACUCCAACUGUGUGUGACAUCACUACCAAACCUCAACCUUAAAUCAUCUUGGGACAAAUAUAAGUCGUUGCAUUCCCUUUUCCCUGGAUAUUUCUGACUAUUUUGGAUCCAAAAUGGAGACUCUUUCCCAGGAUUCUUCGCUGGAAUGCCAGAUCUGCUUUAACUACUACAGCCCACGCAGACGCCCCAAACUCCUGGACUGUAGACACACCCUCUGCUCCGUAUGCCUCACCCAAAUGCGCAGCACCCAUAAGGAGAUCCGCUGCCCCUGGUGCCGCGGUGUCACCAAACUCCCGCCCAAUCUCUCCAUUUCCCAUUUACCCGACGAUCCCGAUAUCGUCACGGUGAUCGCGAUUCCUCAUACUUCCCAACACACUCCCGUUUUUAUCCGGCUUCCUACCAAUGGCUGCUACAUGCUGCCGGUGCCCAUGAAAGACAGGAAUUUGGGUUUGCCGGGCGAGCUCGGGUGCAGGUUCAUCCCGCAGCAGAAAGGUGUCGCGGUUGUGACGAUUCCCGAAGAGGAGAGAUUAGCGAUGGGAUUGGAUAGUUUGAGUUUGGGCGAAUCGGGGGAGCAUCGAGGAGCUAUGAUGGUCACGACUACCAAAGGUUCAGCAUGGUCCGGCGUUUGCACCGUCAUUUUAGUGGCUUGCGUUUUGCUGUUUCUGCUUGGGAUCGUCCUGCAUAACAUGUCGUGCAUCUCCAAAAGGUUUACAGUAAUUUCAUGUGGUUGAACUUUGCAAGACUACAAACUACAAAAAUGAAUGGGACUACAAAAA